AUGAGUGUCAUCUACCUCCAUGCUGGGAUGCUUGUCGUCCAGAUCUUGUCUGCCAUAAUUGGCGAUACAAUCAUUCUAUCUUACACGAAAGCGAAGGCCGACCAAGCGCAGAAUGAGGACUUUGCUUCGCAGGAUAGAGAAGCAAAGGAAAAUUAUGAAGUUCACAACAUCUACGAAGAGAAGGAUGAAGGAGAGGAUGAAAUGUUGAAUGAUGUUGAUGAGACCGGGCAGGAAAACGUCAAAUAUAAUGAUGACGACGACAGUUCAGACGAAGAGGACGUUGAUGGUGUUGAUCAUCAUGGUGGGCAUAAUCAUGAACAUGAUGAUGAGGAAGAAAAAUAUGGAGAAAAGGAAGAUGUUACUGACGAUAUGGAUGAACAUCAUUUCAGUAAUGCUGGUUUUGAGGUUGACGUCGCAGUUCACGUCGGUGGACACCAUGGGGCUGACGAAAAUUAUUUUGGUAGAGAUGGUGAAUAUGAUGUCGACGUGGAUGAUAAUAGGGAUGACGACAAUGACGAUAAGGAUGAUUUUGGCAUAGGCGAGGACGAAAAGGAACAUGAGGAUGAUUGA